GCGCUCGGUGUCACGUGACUCCGACGCCUCGGUGGACUUGCCGGUGUCACCUUCCUCUCAUAACGCCUCCUCAGAGCGCUUGAAGAGGAGGACUCCGCGGGACGCCUGGAGGAACUCAGAGCGCGAGCCGGUUCCAGGGGUCAGAGGUCAUGAUCAACGUCUGGAUUAUUCUCGAUUAACGGAGAAUUGAGGCCUCGCGCUCCUAUAAUCUCUCCGGGAUCCGCGCCCCAGGGCCGGUGAUGAGCGCGAGUUUCCCCCGGUGGUUUCUGUGACGUCAUGCCGAGGUGUUGAUCAAGGUCACUACCGAGAGUCCUCAAGCGGAAGGAGAGGAGAGGAGAGGAGAGGUGAGCCGGUUACCAUGAGGCGCGCGCUGCUGAAGGAGGCGGCCAAGCGGUUCCCUUGGCUGGCCAACGUCACUCUCUACGGAGCGCUGUUCGCGGGCGGGGACCUCGCGCACCAGUUUAUCGCGCAGAAGGAGCAUAUGGACUGGAAGCACACGCGCAACGUGGCAAUCGUCGCGCUCACUUUCCACGGGAACUUUAACUACUGCUGGCUGCGCGCGCUGGAGCGACGCUUCCCCGGGAGGUCCACCGGUAUGCUCGUGCGCAAACUGCUGCUGGACCAGAGCUUCGCGUCGCCGUUGGCAACCAGUGUCUUCUACACCGGGGUGAGCUUUCUGGAGGGCAAAGAGGACGUGUUUGAGGACUGGAGGGAUAAGUUCUUCAACACGUGGAAGACAGGACUCCUGUACUGGCCCUUCAUGCAGUUCCUGAACUUCCUGCUGGUGCCGCUCCACCUGCGGACCGUCUUCAUGGGUGGAUGUGCCUUCCUGUGGGCCUGCUUUCUCUGCUUCUCCCGCCAGGACGGAGACGGCACCGCCGGGCUGGCCCUCGCCUUCCUGCUGCACCCGCGCCUCACCACCGCCACACCCCCACCCAUAACACCCCCACCCACACCCGAAACACCAGCCACAACACCACCAGCCAUACAGCCGCACCAACCUACAACACCACCAGCAGACACGCAACACACCGACCGAGAGGAGGAGUGAAGAGGAGGGGAGAGGAUAGGAGAGAGGAGAGAGGAGAGAGGAGAGAGGAGAGAGGGGAGAGGAGAGGAGGAGAGAGGAGAGAGGAGAAGAGAGAGUGAAUGAGGGUGUUGAAGGGUUAAAAAUAUUCACCAAGGUUAUGGCAAACCUUCUGAAACAGGAGAUUGUAUGUAAUUCAAUAUGACAUAUUUAUUACAUCUAUUUAUUAUAUGACACAUAUAUUUAUAUUAUUACAUUUAUAUAACAUUUAUUUAUGAUGUUGCUGUUUGGUUGUGAGCCUGCGUCCGGGUAACCAGGUUCCGGUGGUUAACCAGCGGGGGAUUACCUACGCUGGUUAGGCUGGUUGCAGUCUGCUCUGCGGUAACCGGCUUAACUCAGCUGAACGGCGGACAGAGUGCUAAAUCCAGACAGAACCUUUUAGAUCAGGGAUCAGUUUGGGUUACAGGCGCAGCUCGUCCAGAUGUUCCUCCCUCACCUCCCCGCCGGUGUCCUGAGACCUCCGGGCCAGCAGGAGGCCCCGUCCUCCUCGGGGGAGGACCGAGGAGGACCUGAGGGAGAGCAACCAGCAUGCUCUGGUUCAGAGGACCUGAGAGAGAGCACCCAGCAUGCUCUGGUUCAGAGGACCUGAGAGAGAGCACCCAGCAUGCUCUGGUUCAGAGGACCUAAGGGAGAGCACCCAGCAUGGCGGCUGCCGUUCGGAGAAGGCUUCAAACGGAUUCCCCUGUUGGAGGGUUUACGUGACAGCACUCCCAGGAUGAGGAUGGGGUUGCCUAGGUUACCGAGGGGCGGUACCCUGGUAACUGAUCCAGGCGUCUGGGUUCACGCGGCGGUGAAGAACCCACGGGGGCCGGUCAACCCAGUGGACUGUGGGGCGCGGUAAGACGCAGCGGUGGCAACUAGCUCACUGGUGGUGCCUUUCACUGGCUAACAUGCUAACAUGCUAGCCUCUCUGCUUGAUAAACUGCUAACUAGCUUUUGUGCUAACUAGCCUGAACAUAGAGGCUAAAGAUGAACCUCACUGGAAUCAUGGACGGAUGAAUGAGGGAAUGGAUGAUAACAGAUGAAUGGAUGCUGGAUAAAUGGAUGCUGGAUGCCCCAGCUCAUGUGUAGACGGGUCAGUUCUCUUACUUGAAAUGUCCUCCUGAAUCCUUACCUCAGAAUGGAUGUCUCCCAGUGUUGCCCCAGCGGUAGAUUACCCUGUCCUCUGAUUGGUCCAUUCAGCGUUUUGUGACCAUUGAAAGCACUGCAGUUUACUCUUCUACGACGGGUUUCACUCUUUUUCUGUAUUAUUUAUUAUAUAAUAUACAUAUCUAUACAAUGUAUUGGGUUUAAUGUUUGAAUGUCGUUACUGAAAACUGCUGACGUUGUUUCACGUCUUGCUGUGUGCUGUCAGAAACAUGUUCCUCAACUCAAUAAAGUGAGCUCCGACUCUUUAGAAUUGAA